AUGGGACUAGAAAUACAAGAGAGAAUCCCGCUUUGGCUGGAUUGUGAUCCUGGGCAUGACGAUGCUUUUGCGAUUCUCCUGGCAGCCCAUCACCCGCAUCUGAACCUACUGGGCAUCACCACUGUUCAUGGUAACUCAUCGCAAGCCAACACGACUAUCAACGCUUGUAGCAUUCUAGAAUCUAUUGGAAGACCUGAUAUUCCCGUUUACCCUGGCUCAGAGAAGCCCUUCUGCAGAAGAGCAGUUCAUGCACCGGAUAUCCAUGGCUGCUCCGGUAUUGACGGGACCGACCUCCUUCCCAUCCCCAGCAUUCCUGCAGUGAGGGACAUCAAUCCCAUAUUAGCGAUGCGCAAUGCACUUCUUGCACAGCCUAAGGAUACUGCCUGGGUCGUUGCGACUGGAACUUUGACCAAUGUUGCUCUCCUCUUCGCUGCAUUCCCAGAAGUAGCUGAACAUGUUCGUGGGGUCAGUAUUAUGGGAGGAGCCAUUGGUGGAGGGUUUUCGAGUGUACCAAUUAGCAAGAAACCUGGCGAUGCUGAUAGGAUCGGGAAUAUCACCCCAUAUGCGGAAUUUAACAUUUACGCUGACCCGGAAGCAGCUAGAUCUGUCUUGACAUCACCCAUUGUGGCCCCUAAGACAACUCUAGUAACUUUAGACCUCACUCACCAAGUCCUUGCCACUCAAAAGAUCCAAUCUCUCAUCCUUGCCACCGAAUCUGGUGACGGUUCUGAGCCCUCUGUACUUCGUCGGAUGCUGCAUGCCCUACUUCUGUUCUUCGCCAACACGUAUCAGACAGUAUUUGGUCUGGAUACUGGCCCACCUCUGCAUGAUCCAGUUGCAGUUGCUGUCCUUCUCUCAAAUCUCAACAGCUCACAAAUGGGUGACAAACAAGAUAUAUUGUGGUUUAAUGAUGAUAAUGGCAAAAGGUUUGCUAUAGAUGUUGUCACUGAUGGUGUGCAUGGAAAUGACAUCAAAUUGACAGGCCAAGUGGGACGUACAGUUGCCACAAAGGCGGAGUGUACUGAUGGUGUCACCAUUCCCACCGCCAUGGAUGUUGAUAAAUUCUGGGACGUUAUUCUGUGUUGUCUAGAAAGAGCCGAAAAGUGCAAUUCUGCAAGGUUUCUUGCAAAUUAA